AUGUUCCCCCCUCCCCACGUCCCCUCCUCCCGACGUUCCCCCCUUCCCACGUUACCCCCUCCCAACGUUCCCCCCACCCUUCACUCUCCCUCCGGACAUUCCCCCCACCCCCCCCCCCCCCCCCCCCCUUGCGCUGUUUCUGACGAAAAGGAUGCGCAGAUAGGCGGUGCAGGAGGCGGGGAUGGCGCAGGAAGCGGGGGCGACGCAGGAGACGGCGCAGCGUCAGGACUGGCGGACUUCAUUGGGGGUUAUGCCGGGGAUGCGGGGAAUGGGUUAAGCAACGCUGGUGAGAGUGGCAGUGGCGGCAGCGGCACCGGCGACAGCGGCGACAGUGGCAGCGGUAACGGCGAAAGCGGCAGGGCGAGCAACGGGAAGUUCAAGGGAGUGUUUGAGCUGCCGGAUCCGCCGUCCAGAUUCAACGCCAGGGCUGCGUGGCAUCACAUGCGCUACCGCACACCUGACGCGUGCUGGAGCCAGCAGGAGCGGCAUCUGUACCACACGGCAGACCAGUCACACCCAUCACAGGCGUUUGUGGAUGCCGUGGUGGCGUUUGAGGCGAUGCAGAGGGAGUGCGUGAGCCAAGGCAGGGUGGAGGGCUGGCAGUGGGUUCGGGUAACCAUCUUUUGCCUCUCUUAUGCCUCUCUUGUUGCCUUCCCCUCCUCCCCUGUCCACACUCCCCACACCUCCUCCCCUGUCCACACUCCCCACACUUUCCUUACCCCCCCUACCCUCCCCACCCUCCCCACCAUCCCCAUCAUCCCCAUCCUUCCACCCUCCCAACUUCCCUCCAGCUCGGCUCUCCAACCUCCACUCACAACCAUCCUCUCUCCCCUCUGCACUGCCACCCUCUCUUCCUACUCUUCCUUCCAGUUUUUUCAUCUGUCCAGGCCAGGGGUGCACAUGGCGCGGGCCGGACAGGCAACCCUGGACCAAGGGGUGCCACGGUACGGGCCGGACAGGAAGCCGUGCCGCUACAUUAUGAUUCACGACCUGAGCCGAGGAGUGGGCAAUCGAAUCGUAUCGUACGUGACCUCCUUUGUGCUCGGCCUGCUCACCAACCGUGUCAUCAUUGCGCCGCCCAACGGAUUCCUCACCCGCCGCUUCUGCAACCCCUUUGCCCGCGCCAACACCUCCUGGACCGUCCAACCGGCUGUAUACGAUGUGCUGCUGGCGGCCGCGGUGCCUAAUCCACGGCUGCAUCUGUCAGACAUGGCGGAGCGGCUGAAGAAAGCAUCGAUGUGGAAGCGCGUGCCGGCGGCAACGCGGCAUCUGGAGGGAGAAGUGGCGCAGAACGGCUCUGUGUGGAUCGACCUUCACUACAGGGUUCUCAACCAGUUCUGUGACGUCGUCUGGACGACAGCUGACCUCGCCCCCUUCUGGUUCACCAGCUUUGACACCUACUGCCUCCCCAGCCUCUACUACAUUAAGAGCUAUGCUGACCGCCUGCACGAGCUGUUCCCCGACCGCCGUGUGUUCACACACGUGGCUCGCUUCCUCAUGCACCCUGACAACCGCCUGUGGGCCAAAAUCACCCACACGUUCCUCGCUAACCUCGGCCACUACCCCCACCGCCUGGGGGUGCAGAUCCGCUCCCCAGAUGGCAUCGAUCUGCCAGUGGCCAAUCGCAUUCUGCGGUGCGCAGUGCGUGCACAGUACCUGCCGUCCACCCAACCGUACCCCGAGGAUCCGUCCAUGGCCACGCCGGCCCAACGCUAUCCGGGCGGUGGGGCGGGCGACGGUGGCGGGGAUGUGGAGACGUACCGGUCGUUCCGCACGAUGGGGGUGUUUGUGUCGUCUCUGAACAUUCGGCACAUGCUGGAUUUGGAAACGCACUAUGCGCAGCACCUCACCAUUGGCAACACCUUCGUCAGCUUCUGGUCGCUGACCAACGAGGGGAGGGAGACGAGGCAGGAGCAGCAGCUGAUCGAUGCGGUGAUGGACAUGUGGAUUCUCAGCUUCAGUGACCGGCUGCUGAUAACACACAUCUCAUCGUUCGGCCGCACAGCAGUGGGCCUGGCGGGCACGGAGGCGUAUUCAAUGGCCAUCACAGUCAUCAAGAUGCGCGGGAUAGACUGGCGCAACUCCACGGGGCCCGUGUGCGAGAGAGUCUCCUCUGAGCCCUGUGACACCCUGGGGGCGCCAGUGAAAUAU